AUGGCGAUGAUGAUGGCUGGCCGUGUGCUGCUGGUGUGUGCCCUCAGCGUGCUGUGGUGCGGUGCCUGCGGUGGCUACGCGUGGGAUUUCAACGACGAAUCGGUGAAUGAAUAUUAUUACGGAGCAAACGGCACAUACUGCAGGCUCAACAGAAGCUUCCCUUUUUGCGAAGAAAAAAGAAAUGCAAGUAAACGCAAAGAAGCUGCCCUACAGAAGAGUACGGCUCAGAGCGGGACUGGGAGUGGCCUACAGGCACCACAACCGCUGAAUGGGAACGUAACAGCAACACCAACAACAGCAACACCAACUGCCGGUGGUUCUUCUGGGGGGCAGGACAACAGUUCGGAGAAAAAUGGUUCGAAUGAUUCGGAAAAAACAGACGCAGGCCCACAGGAAUCACAACCGCCGCAAGGGAACGUAACAGAAACACCAACACCAGCAACAGUCACCGCCGCUCAAACAAGUGCCACGAGGACGCCUGACGAGAGUGACGGCAGCACCGCGGCCUCCCACUCCACCUCCCCUCUUCUGCUUUUUCUUGUUGCGUGUGCGGCUGCUGCUGCGGUGGUGGCCGCGUGA